UUCAGAGACAGAUGAGAGGACCACAGCAGCGUCAGGGGAGCAGCUGGUGAGGGGCAUCCAGAAGCUGCCCAUGUCUGCCUGUUUUCCUGUCUUGGGUACACACUUGUUUUCCAGUGCAAAGUAACACUUCAGAGACAGGUGAGAGGAGUACAGCAGCAUCAGGGGAGCAGCCGGUGAAGGGCACACUGAAGCUCCCCAGUUCUGUUUUCCUCUCUUGGGCACACAUUUGUUUUCCAUGGCACAAGUUCUUAACAGUGGCAAUUCAAUACUUUUUAGACCCUUUCUCUUUCAAAGUGCCCUUAUCUACGACUGUUCUACAGAGAGAUCUUCAUUUGGAGAGCCUUUAAGUAGGACAGGACCUCACCUACGUCGUGGGAGCCCACAUGACAAAGAUUAAAAGGACAAGUGUCAGCAUAUUGUGCGCAUUCCUCAACGUGGCAACAAAGAGACCCAUACCUGAAAAAUAGCAUUUCAUAGGAAAUAUUUCAUCAGUCCUUGUCACCCUUUUGUAAGUCACAGUCAAGUGAUGUGUUUUUCGCGCAACCUGACGGAUUUUUUAAAGGAUAAGCCUACACUUUUGACCUCACCUAAAUAAGCACUUUGCUCACUCUGCACCUCAUCUCUUCUGGAGGCAAAGGAAGACGAGGGCAUAAAAAUCAACAGGAAUGGGACAGAGGCUACUGGUACCCCCGCAGAGGUAGCCCUGACCCACAUGAUGCUCGCCAGCUCUUGGGAGCUGCCACGGGGCCACCGUGAUAGAUUGGAGGAGGUGGCUACAGCGAUCUGGGCUACCACUAGCCCAGUGGGAACGAGCAGUGGGUUAAACAGCAGUGGGUCAGGUGGACCACAGUGUGGUGGGGAGCACAAUGGCAGCGGUCUCAGUUUAGUGGGAGAAGUAUUAAUUGGGCUGGUGUUGACCCUGAUCACGGCGGGGACGGUGAUGGGUAACUCUUUGGUUAUCAUCUCUGUAAGUGUGGUGAAGAAGCUGCGUCAGCCGUCCAACUAUCUGCUCGUGUCGCUGGCCGUGGCUGAUCUCUCGGUAGCACUGGCCGUCAUGCCUUUCGUGAUUGUCACUGAUCUAACCGGAGGCAAAUGGCUCUUCGGACAGGUCUUCUGCACGCUCUUCAUUGCCAUGGAUGUCAUGUGCUGCACUGCUUCCAUCAUGACCCUUUGUGUAAUCAGCGUGGACAGGUAUCUGGGGAUUACAAGGCCUUUGACUUAUCCAGCCAGACAGAGUGGACUGUUGACAGCCAAAAUGAUUAUAGGCGUCUGGCUUGCAUCAGCCUCUAUCACGCUCCCCCCGCUGUUCGGCUGGGCCCAGAAUGUGAAUGGGAAUGGUGUUUGCCUUAUUAGCCAGGACAUUGGUUACACCAUCUACUCCACGGCUGUUGCUUUCUACAUCCCAAUGGCUGUUAUGCUCAUUAUGUACUACAAGAUCUUCAAGGCGGCCCGCAAGAGUGCAGCUAAACACAAGUUCACAGGCUUUCCCCGCCCAAAAGACCUGGAAACCAUUGCCAACGAAGAAUUCAAAAUGCAUGGGAUGAAGCCCUCCAACUUAUCAGAAGACUGUGCUUCAUUUUCAAGACUACUGAGCAGUGAGCGCAAAAAUAUUUCUAUUUUCAAACGGGAACAGAAAGCUGCAACCACCUUGGGCGUCAUUCUUGGUGUCUUCAGUUUUUGUUGGUUGCCAUUCUUCAUCCUGUCCACUGCCAGACCUUUUAUUUGUGGCAUUCAUUGCAGCUGCAUCCCCAUCUGGCUGGAGAGGAUGUUAUUGUGGCUGGGGUAUGCUAAUUCUUUCAUGAACCCAUUCAUUUAUGCCUUCUUCAAUCGAGACCUUCGGAAAACUUACAAGGAUCUGCUACGAUGCCGUUAUCGAAACAUCAACAGGCGUCUUUCUGCAUUCGGAGUGCAUGAAGCACUUCGUGCAUGAAAGGUAAAGCCUUUUGUAUAUAAUGCAACUCUGUUCAUUGCUAAAUCUGCAGGAACUGUAGACAGUUAUAAAACAAGCCUAAAAUGUUCACUGGCAAGUUUUUUUUUCCAUCUUCCAUGAAGAUUGGAGAUAAAAGUUUCUGACAGCAUCCCUUGUUUCGUUAUUGUAAAUAUACGCUCUGUUACAGAAGUAAUGACUGGAAACAGUGGCCAAAAGAAGGAUACAAAUAUUUUUGUCAAAUAAAGAAUAUAUUAUAGUAGUUUUUCAGUAGUGUUUUAGCCUGCAGAACUUUGAAAUUUGGUGUUAUAUAAGACUUAAAUGUGCCCAACCUGCCUGCAUAAAAUUAUUUUGCUGCUAUAAGUCAAGACAAAAAAUGUUACAAAUCAGAAUUGUUCUUUGCUAAUGAAAAGUAUUGUAAAUACAGGCAGUAUGGCAAUGCAGAGUGGAAUAAUAGAUGCUGAUCAUAGUUGCCUGCAAAAUCAGAUGUGGAAAUGAACAUAAAAUGUUAUCACUCCCAGCAUUAGACCCUCACCUAUUUAUCUAACUUGCUACCAGUUUCCUUAAUUUUUCUUGUCUCACUUUUAUUAUAUCCACGGAAUUAUUCUGUCAUUAAGUAUCCUGUAGAGAAUACAGAAUGCUGUCCAAAGGUGUGCAGUUUAGCAUUCAAAGCAUAUGAUAAUGAAAAGAGAAAGAAUUGUUUAAUUAUUUUACACCAAAACGUUGCUUCGAUGGCAGAAUUGUGCAGAUAACUGUGCUUCAGUGCAGUUUGUCAGAAGCAGGAAAUUAUUUUUUAGAUGAAUUUCCCCCUCAGCCUUUCGGUCAUCCUACUUUCCUUAACAGUCAGAAGUACCAGUAUCCACUAGGAUAACAGUCAUCUGGAAGGGCUGCCAUCCAGGCAGACAUGAAGGAGUUUGUGCUCGCUCUGUCAUCUUGCUAAUAACAUUUUGUGUGAUUCUCUAAUGAGGCUAUCACUUUGUGUAAUUCCCUAACGAGGCUAUCCAAAAGACUGAUGCAACUCACAAUGCCUUCUCUAACUGCACAUUCCAGGGCACUCACUGAGGGAUACCACUAGGCAGUGACUUGAUGAACCAUAAGCCCAUCACCAGCAUGUCUACUACCGCAUCGACCUGCUCUGAUGGUUUGUUGCCAUGUAUGUUAAGCUCUACUCCACCCUACACCCAGAAUUAUCACGGACAUCAUUCCUUGACAGUGUUGUCACAUGCCUAGACUUGUAAUUGAACUUGUGUCACCUGGGAUGUAGUCCCAGCUUUAUCCCUCUAAGUCACUGCACUGGCCAGUAAUAGGAACUGAUUGUGGGUGACAAGAACUCAGUGAUUUAAAUUGCCCAACUUCAUUUUGCAGGGACUUGCUUUACUGAUGGGGAAGUGUGGGUAAAAUAUUGGUAAGCUCUUCUGCUCUCUCCUGGUGAGUACAAUGACAUUUUAUUUGUGCUUAGAGAAGGACUAGACAUGUGGAUAAGACAGUUUGCAUUACCAAUCCAUUGCAAAGAUGUAUUGUCAGCUGCAGGUAUUACAGUUUGCAGCUGCUGUUUACCAAAGUCUCAAAUAAUCUGAUCUUCGAGGUAGCAGCAAACAAAGUAAUUCUUCAGGUGAACACCAUGAAGUUUGUUGAAGCCUCCUUGUCCAAAGUCUGAUGGAUGACUGGGUGAUCAUGGUAUAACUUCUAGAAAGGCAUGUACAGCUCAUAGUGAUUUGUAUUAGAGAGAUGCAGGUAGUUUAGCUCUUCACAAAUGGGGCAAGUAAAAAAGUGCAUUUUUGGGAUACUAAUUCUUAUUCAUCAGAAUCUGCUUCGCCUACCUAGAGUGCAAUCAAUAACACGUCUUUCACCAUGCAAUUAUCUUAGCUGGAAUUCUUCAACCAGAUAUCUCCUCAGGCUUGCUUGUGAAUAGUCAUUGUUAGUUUUUAUAAUUUGUGUAAAACUAGUAAAAAUAAAAUACAUGGAUCCCCUUAUAGGAUUGAUAUUACAAAAUCCUGACAUUAUGGAAUAUUUUUUCUCUAUUAUUUAUAUUGAUUUAAAAAAAGAUCCCAUAAAUAUGAGGUGAUAGGGAAAUAAAUAAUUUACAACUUGGGUAUCAGAGAGAAAAAAACAUGCCAUAUAAUAAUAAGUUAACAUUCUUCUUAUAAACACUGUACUAGCCAUUUGCAAAAACAGUAUCAGUAAAUCCCACAUUUUCAUUAUUCAUACACCUAAGCCUCCCAACAGUAUUUCUGUAGUUGAAAAUAAGAGUGUUCCUCCCAUAAACCAGAACUGAUAACUCAGUAUUAUUUAUUACCCUUACCCUUAUACUAUGAGGGUACAAAACAUCCAUGGGGGCUAAACCUAACUCCAUUCCUCUCCAAAAUACUGCUGCAUAACCCUAACAAAUCCUCUAGAACAAUCCAGAGACCUAUCUCUGUCACUACAAAAACCCACCAUCAUGUUUCCAGGUACCUAUUAACAAUGGCAAGCACCCCCACCAACUGCUUAACUUAAAUCCAUAGUUCUCAGCUCUCAGAUUUUCACCUCAUACAAUUAGUGCUUUUCUGGCAAAUCACUGAGGAUUCACUAAACAAGGACAUACAUUUGAGUUUCAGUCUUCAUAUCCUUCA